AUGGGUGCUCACUCCGCAACUUGGCAAGCAUACGUCGACUCCAGCCUCAUGGGCUCGGGUCAGUUCCAGAAGGCCGGUGUUCUCGCCGCGGACUUCUCUGGUCUGGAAGCUGCUACUCCUGGCUUCGCUCUCUCCCAGGAGGACAUCAACUCUCUGGCCUCGGCCUUCACUUCCAGCGACAACGCCUUCGCCAACGGUUUCUCCAUUGCUGGGGAGAAGUACGUCUGCAUCAAAGCCGAUGAGCGCAGCUUGUAUGGCAAGAAGGGCAAGGAGGGCGCCAUUGUCGUCCGCGCCAGUGCCUGCACUAUGAUCGGAGUCCACGGUGCCACUGUCCAGACUACCAACGCCGCCACCGUUGUCGAGAACCUGAUCGACUAUAUCAACGGCGCCAAAUAA